AUGAGUAAAGUGGAAAACCAAAUUAAAGAAAUCGAAAGCAACAUCAUUAUUAAGGAAAAACAAAUUCAGGACCUGGAAAGCGAAAUCCAGGAAAUAAAAAAUAAUUCAAAAAGUCUUUACGAAAAAUUGAUAAAUCAACAAGCAGUUCUGCUAAAAAGAAAAAAACAAAAUGUGUUGACAGAUAUCAAAAUUAAUAGGCUAAAAAAAGACAUCAUUCAAUUAUGUAAAGCCAUCCAAAAUGCCAACAGGAAAAUAAUGAACACCUUUGCACAAAUGAAAACAAAAAAAAGCCUCAUAAAGGAAAAUACACAAUGUAUGGAAGAACUAUAUCAUGACGUAAUUAAAAAAAAAGCCAUGUACAAUGAACAGAAUAACACCACAUUAACAAUUUUAAAUCAUUUUUUUAUAAAAAAAGAACAUCAUAAUAAUGAUUUGAAAUUAAUACUUAAACACAAAAAGGACAAAAUUAAAAUUGUAAAAAAUCAAGUUAAACAAAUAAACAACAAUAUCGCCGCCAAACGUUCAACCAUUGCUCUGCUAGACAACAGACUCACUGCCAAUCUGCGUACCAUCAAAUGUUACAUAGGCGAAUUAAUCCAUAUGGGUGUCAUUCAAAAUCUCAAUACUAAUAAAAAGAACAUCACCAGGAUAUGCCUAAAUAUAAUAAAUAAUGUCAUACAAAAGCAGCAGGGCAAAAAUGAAACCGUUUGGGAUCCACACACCGAUGACGAUAAUAUGCAAACAGAUGAGAACACGGUGCAGACAGAAAAUAGAGAGGAAGAAAAACUAGAACUUGGAUUAAAUACGCAAGAGUUUAUCCAGCUUGAAAAUUUCCUCUUAUGA